AUGUCUACCUCGAGAAAAACCACCCCUGGGCCAUCCCAGUAUGGGGUGUCUUCAGCAUCGUCCUUCAGUUCAUCCUCAUCCAGACCUUCCACGCGUCCAGCCAUUGAACUGACUCCUCCCCCCGAUAAUUAUGCCUUGAUCGGCCCCUGCUACCACGUCGAGUCAGUUCUCGCUUCUAAGGCCAAAGAAACUGUGUUUCUGACUUAUCGCCAGGCGGUGAUCAUCGCACAAUCGGUGAGUCCCGACAAAGUGUACCGCUCCAAGAAAGACGGAGGUGAGAUACCGCAUAACCGGUUGAUCCACAAGAAGUCGGAAUCCUUGAAGUGUAGCGACUGCUCGCUUAACAACUUCCAGCACAACUUCAUCUGCUUGCAGUGUCCGCACGUCGGGUGCUUCAACAACCAUGCAUACACCCAUUACAAACUCCAACAGCAUUUAUUCGGUAUCGAUUCCCACAACGGGCUCCUCUACUGUUUUCUGUGCGGGGACUACGUUAACCACCCCCAGCUAGAGCAGAUCCGGAGCGAAAUCGCCGAUGGUACGUCAGCCCAUGUUUCCGACCAGAACACUGAGUUGAUUGCCAACAACUACUCAGACCCCGCAAUCAAGACAAUCAGUGGAUUGAAGGGCUUUGUCAACUUGGGUGCAACCUGUUUCAUGAGCUCGAUUCUACAGACCUUGAUCCACAACCCCUUCGUCAAGUAUCGCUUCUUCAAUAAUGAUUUCCAUUAUUUCAAUUGCGAUAAGAACGACGGCGAACCGGCUGACGAGUACAACGCCUGCAUCACAUGCAGUAUCGAUAACAUUUUCCAAAACUUCUACACAUCAGGCACGAACGAAGGGUUUGGAAUGACAAACCUUUUGACCACUGCCUGGUACAAGAAGAAGUCCUUGGCAGGCUUUCAGGAACAGGAUGCACACGAGUUCUGGCAAUUUAUCCUCAACGAGUUUCACCUGGACCAUGAGCGAAUUCAAACUAAUCUUGGCCACGCCAGUCCCAGCCUCUCGGAUUCGGGAUGCACCUGCAUCACUCACACCACGUUUGCAGGAGAGCUCCAGAGCUCAAUCCAGUGUUUGUCAUGCAAGUCAGUCACCCGAACUAUCGAUCCAAUGAUGGACUUAUCCUUGGAGAUAAAUCAUUUGAAGAAUAAAAAGGGUGUUACAUUGUACGACUGUCUUGACCUCUAUACUCUGGAAGAGAAGUUGGAUGUGAUGUACACAUGCCGAAGCUGCGGCGAAAAAACUAAAGCCAUCAAGUCCUUGAAAAUCAAGACGUUAGCUCCCGUUGUUUCUAUUCAACUAAAGAGAUUUGAGCAUAAUUUCAAUGAGACUCCUACUAAAAUAGAUACGCCGGUGAUCACCCCAUUGUACUUAAACUUAACUAAGUAUGCAUACGAUGCAGGUGCAUCCAUGGGAGUAGAUGGCACAAAGGUGUAUGAGUUAUUUGCGUUGGUGUGCCACAUCGGUUCAGUCAACACGGGGCACUAUAUUGUGCUCAUCAAGAACGGCGCAGGUCAGUGGUUUAAAUUUGAUGACAGCGUGAUCACCUUGGUUUCCCAGGAUGAGGUGACCACCUCUAAUGCCUACUUGCUUUUCUACAUCACCCAUAGAAUCUGA